UACCGCGCUGCACUUCUAAAACCUGCCUCCGCUUUUAGUGGUUUAUCUAUCGCAAUUCAUACGAAAGGGUAGCAGAAGCCUGAGAAAAAUGUCUACCCAAAUCGCUACAGAAGAACAAGGACGACAACCUCUUCUCUACAGUACUCCCACUAAUGGAAACGAAGAAGAGAUCGUCAUUUCCUCAUAUUCCAACGGUUCAGAUGCCCUUAAUGUCAACUCUAAACAACGGCUUCUCUCUCUCGACAUAUUUCGUGGUCUCACCGUGGCGUUGAUGAUUUUGGUUGAUGAUGCUGGAGGGGCUUUUCCAUCAAUCAAUCACGCUCCAUGGUUUGGUGUGACAAUAGCUGAUUUUGUGAUGCCGUUUUUUCUUUUUGGUGUUGGGGUCUCUAUUAGCCUUGUAUUUGAGAAAGCUUCUAGCAAACCACUGGCCACUAAGAAAGACGUAUUUAGGACGGCCAAGUGUUUUCUGCUGGGGUUGUGUCUACAAGGUGGGUAUUUUCAUGGGCGUAAUAAUCUGACUUAUGGAGUUGAUGUGGCCAAGAUACGGUGGCUAGGUGUACUACAGAGGAUAUCAAUUGGGUAUCUUCUGGCUUCAAUGACGGAAAUAUGGCUUGUUAAAAAUAUCACAGUUGACUCUCCAAUAGCAUUUGUUAGGAAGUACUAUGUUCAGUGGGUUGUUGCUACCUUGCUAUUAUCAUUUUACAUGUGCUUGCUCUAUGGCCUUUAUGUUCCAAACUGGGAAUUCCAAGCUCCAAGCCUCACUCUUUCCACUAAUGUACCCCAAAUUGUGCGCUGUGGAAUAAGGGGGAGUCUCGAACCUCCAUGCAAUGCAGUUGGCUAUAUUGAUCGGUAUUUUCUGGGUGAUCAACAUCUAUAUCAACGUCCUGUGUACAGAAGAACAAAGGAAUGCAGUGUUAAUUCUCCUGACUAUGGGCCUUUGCCACCACAUUCACCUGAAUGGUGCCUUGCUCCUUUUGACCCCGAGGGCAUCUUAAGUUCAUUAAUGGCUGUCCUCACAUGUUUUGUGGGAUUGCAUUUUGGACAUAUACUUCUGCAUUAUAAGAUGCAUAGAGUGGUUUUGUGGUCCAUAUCUUCCUUUACGUUACUAAUUUUUGGAUUUGGUUUACAAGUGCUAGGCAUUCCUUUCUCCAAACCACUCUACACAUUGAGUUAUAUGUGCAUCACUGCAGGAGCAUCAGGCUUGUUCUUGACCAUCAUCUUUUACAUGGCUGAUGUCAAACAUUUUAGAAAGCCGGUGGUGUUACUUCAGCGGAUGGGAAUGAAUGCUCUUAUAAUAUACGCUCUGGCUGCUUGCGACAUUUUCCCAGCAGCUGUGCAAGGUUUCUAUUGGCGUUCACCAGAAAAUAACUUGGUUGAUGGCGUGGAAUCAUUGUUACAGGCCAUACUUCAUUCGAGAAAAUGGGGUACCUUCGUAUUUGUGUUGCUUGAGAUCUUGUUUUGGUGCCUUGUUGGUGGUUUUCUUCACAUGAAAGGCGUAUAUAUAAAACAGUAGGAAAAAAUAAAACAAAAACUUGUGAAUAUUAGGUAUAGUAAGUAACUUAAAUAUAGAAGAAAAAAAGGAUAAAUUAAGUAGUAGUACUCUUAAACAUGAAUUGUCGGUUUGUCACCUAAUUUGUCAACACCUCGCCUAGCAUUUCUCUCUAAAAUGUGGUAUCAAAUGUUUAAUGUUACAAAAACCUAGUAUUACUCUGCUGCUGAUUGCCUGAUUGAUGAAGUGCUGGUUCUAUUUCUAGUAUCGGUAAAAUAGCUAGGCAAUCAAUGGAAAAUUGUGGGUGCUAUUGCCUAAAGCU